UACAAUCUCAGCCUUCCUUUCUCACUAAAGUGCACACAGAAGAGGUACAAGUGCUCCAGGAAUUUUUUUGCUCCAAGGCUUGGACAUUUGAAGUGCUCUUUGAAAAUGACUUCCUUCAGUACUAAGUAUGAGGAGAAUGUUCGUGAUUACAUUAACACCAUUGACGAGAUGAGAUCAAUGGGCAUAGAUAAGGACUUUUCACUCCCCACCAUUGCUGUGAUUGGAGACCAGAGCUCAGGGAAAAGUUCGGUCCUGGAGAUGCUGUCAGACGUGGCUCUUCCCCGUGGCAAAGGCGUUGUGACAAGAUGCCCCCUCGAAUUGAAGCUGAAGAAGGUUGCAGAUAAUAAACCUUGGAAAGGACAAAUACGUUAUCGAGAUUACGUCAAAACACUGGAUCGUGCAAGUCAGGUGGAAGAUGAAAUUCUUCAAGCUCAGGACUUGCUGACUGAAAACUCUAGCAUAAGUUCCGAGCUUAUAAGUUUAACAGUUGAAUCGAACAAUGCCCCAGACCUAACAUUAAUCGAUUUGCCUGGAAUUACCAGGGUUCCUGUUGGGAAUCAACCUCAAGACAUUGGAAAAAUGAUCAAAGGGCUUAUCAAAACCUAUAUUCAAAAAAAGGAAACCAUCAUUUUGGUUGUCAUCCCUUGCACCAUGGACAUUGCAACCACUGAAGCUUUGAAGAUGGCACAGGAGUUUGAUCCUGAAGGAGAAAGGACACUGGGUGUUUUAACAAAACCAGACUUGGUUGACAAAGGUACAGAAGAAGACAUUAUCAAAAUCCUUGAGAAUAAAGUUGUCCCUCUGAAAAAGGGUUACAUACUUGUCAAGUGCCGUGGGCAGAAUGAACUGAAUGCAAAUACUACAAUGUCAGCUGCAUUGGAGGAAGAAAUCACAUUUUUAAAAAACAGCCCAGCGUUCCGGCCACUGCUGGAGAAAGGCAUUGCAUCCUUUGAACAUCUGUCUGCAAAUCUCACCAGUGAACUCAUUCAUCAAAUCACGGGCUGGCUGCCAGUUAUGGAGGAAGCUCUUCGGGAGAAAGUCAUUCAAAUCAGAAUUAAAUUGGAUGAGCUCGGUGGCAAUAUUCCAGAGGAAGCUCAGGCGAGAAAAUGUUUCCUGAACAAUAAAAUUCUAAGCUACUGUGAAGAGCUCACUAAUUUAGUCAUGGGAGACUACAAGAAGGACUAUGACAAUGAAAAGAAGAUAUGCGACUUUUCUCGCAACGUAUUUUCAGAGUGGUACAACAGGCUGGAGAUCGAGAAAGUCAGACUUAAUGAAGAAGCACUCUCAAAGGUCAGGUUCCAUGAUAAAAACUCUCAAGGGAGAGAGCUGCCUGGAUUCACAAAAUACCGAGUAUUUGAAUCUGUUAUCCGAGAACAGAUCCGUAAGCUACUGGGGCCCUCUCUCCAAAUGAUGAAAGAACUUGCAGAUAAAACCCAACAAGUGUUUAACAUAAUGGGAGUUGAACAUUUCAAUCCUUUUCCAAAUCUAAUGCAAGCAAGCAAGGACUUAAUUGCUGAAAUCCGACACAAGCAGGAACAGGUUGCAGAGCAGAUGUUAAGGAUGCAUUUCAACAUGGAGGGCAUGGUCUAUGCCCCAGAUGCGAUGUAUAGCUCCAAACUGUCAGCGAUUCAAUCAAGAUCUGAGAAAGGCAGUCGUCAGGAGUUCAGUUCAGCACGUAACUCAAGCCAUGAAAUGGCAACUCAUUUACAAGCCUAUUAUCAGGUUGCUAUUGAUCGAUUGGUUCAAAUGGUACCCAUGGUUUCAAGAUAUCAUCUUCUGCAACAAUUUGCACAUUGUGUCAAGCUGCAGAUGACUGAAAGAUUUCUCAAUGGAGCAGAUACUGAUGGCCUGCUGGAUGAGCAUUCUGAGAUAACAAACAAACGUAAAAGAUUGACCGAUUCUCUGAAGCAACUGAACAAAGCAAGGGCUCUUUUGAUGUCUAAAUAAAUCAAGAAAAUUCAGUGACAUGGGAACCUCCUUCACCUCAACACUUUUCCUCAAUGUUCCCCCAUUUACAUUCUCCCUAUUGACUCCUCACUGGGCUACAUUUUACAAGCACCAGUCAUUGUCCCUUCCAUAGAUUGACACUGAGUGGAAAGUGAGUUUUGUGGAGAAGUGACAUGCCUUGAUUUGGCUCCAAUUCUUCUAGCGAUGCCCAGGGCAGUUGCAAGCAAAGGCAUGUCCUGGUCAAUCAGUGCAAUUCAUCUACAUUUGAGCAAAGUGGACCAAAAGAUUGUGGAAUUUGAGGACUGAUUGCAGCCAAUGUAAAUAACUUCCCUUUUACUUUUUGUGCUUGUUUAAAAAACACAACUUUAUAAACUGGCCGUGCCAACAAGACUAGCAACUAUUUAAUUACAAUUAUGAGGUUCCACCAUUUGUUUUCAUUUUCAGACCUUUAAGAAGACUCUUGGCAUUAAGCUGCUUUUUUUUUCUGGGCAGUACAAGAUUAAUAGCAUGUUUUUUUAAAAAAAAAUAUGACUUGUUUUUACAUUUACUAGCAAACUGAGUAUUGAACACCAAUAUAACUGCAAAUUGGUCACAGAGUUUUCUCAAGUCACUCCAGUUCUUUAAAAUUGAGCUACCCAUUGUCCUUUCUGUGGUAAUUAAAUUGCAACAGGUUGCUAUAAACUACACCAGGGAAUAUUGUUAAAACCAUCUUUCAAAAAUAUUACCUUCUUAAGUGCUGCUGAUUGUAAUGCUUCAGGGCAUGAUAUACAUGCAUUGACAUUCAUUGAGUUUGAAACUCAAGAAGGUCCCUUCCCAAGACCAGUUCAGUUUGCUGGUCAUAAUUUCCAUCUGAAUUGAUGACUACACCCAAAGCUAAAACUUGAGUGCUUAUAUCUGUGUACUUAAGGAGUAGGAUAAUAAUUGUUCUCAUGGAAUCAUAAUACUAUGCAGAAACCAAUUACAGUAUUUCACUGUAGUGACCUCACUCCAGGUUUAUUGCCUUGUCUUUAAUCUUCACACAGACUAAGCUCCUAAUAUUGGGGUGAUGUAUUAGCCAUUGCCAUUCACACUGUAUAAAAAGCCGGCACAUCAAAAGUCCUUCAUUGUCUGUAAAACACUUUGGGACAUUUGAGAUCGAGAAGGUGGUGCAUAAAUGCAAUGUUCUUUUCUGAUUUUCUUUAUGUUUUGAGAUUAGAAUUUACCGAAUUUGCUUAGAAUUGAUUGGCAAUUUGUGCAAUGGAUGAAUAUGCACUAAGCACAAGUUAAAUGAUCAAUAGUUUGAUUUAAUAAAGCUGGAGAGACUUGCCUUAAUGUGAGCAAUAUGUCAAUGUAAAAAUCAGGAUCAAUGAUGUA